AAAAAAAAGCUCUUUUAUUGCGUUUGAAUCGUUUGAUUGAGGAGAAAAAUCGAGAGGUAGGCAACAGGAUUUUUACGUACUGGGGAAAAAAAAUGAGUAUGGGGUUUUCGGCUUCAGCUUCCCCACUCCCGUUUUCUUCUUCACCGUCUAUACCACAAAUUACACAUCAUUACUAUGCCUCCAAUUCACUCUUUCCUCGUGCUCUAUCUUCCUCAAAUCUCAAGACCAGAGGUCUCAGAUUUUCUGCAGCGAAAGAACCUCAUAGAAUCAGAAUAUGUUGCAAUAGCAGCACCCGACCCGGGGGUUCUGGCUCUGGUGAUAGUGACAGUAGGAGUGUUUUGGAUGCAUUUUUCUUGGGAAAAGCUCUAGCAGAAGCCCUAAAUGAACGAAUUGAGUCUACAGUGGGAGAGUUUUUGGGUGCAAUUAGUCGGCUGCAAGCAGAGCAACAAAAGCAAGUGCAGGAUUUCCAGGAAGAUGUGUUGGAAAGAGCCAAAAGAGCCAAGGAGAAAGCAGCAAGGGAGGCCAUGGAGGCACAAGGCCUCGUUACAUCAAAGUCUACUUCAAUUGAUAUAGCCCCAGCCACAGAUUCAAUUAGUUCAGUUACUUCGCCAUCGGGUCUGAGUACCCCGACAGCCGAGUCGGAUGGUGGUGCUUCCGACGAGGUAGAACCUGUUUUAGGGGUGUCAAAUGAUGAUGAUUUAUGAGUGCAUCUCUAGCUGGAAUAUGGUAUAAUGAAUUUUUCUUUCUGAUUUAGGCCAUCUUGUAAAUAAACUUGUCGCCGACCUGUCCAAUGCGCGGAAAUAGUUAAAUUUAUCAAAUAAAAAAUAUUAUUUGUAAUUAAAUUAGUUAUAUACGAUGUAUUAUUUAUUAUACAAAAAGCAGAACUUACAAAAAGCAAUUUUAGUA